UUGUUUGCGAACCUCAGCUCCCGGACAGAUUCUGACUGCACAACGAAGGCUUGACGCCUGCAGCUUCAAUUGCUACUUGAACCACGCACAGUUUGAGCAAUGCCCGGCUCACACCAAUGGAUCGAACUCAGACACGCCGCGAACAGGACACGUGGCGGCAAAAGCAGACCACUGAAAAGCAAAAAUGUGGAAGCACCCAUCAAUGUAUUCGGUGGCUUGAUGAAGCGUGUCAACUUCGAAGACGCAAAGCGUUAUGUACACAAUUGCGUGUCUACGCACGCCGGGUGCAAAGCAUCGACACGGAUAACACUAGUAGACCUAUGGGUGCUUGAUUGCCAUCAUAGAGUCGUUGUUCCAGCACCGAGCGAUUGCAAAUACGUCGCGCUGUCAUACGUUUGGGGCCCACAGGCAUCUGGAGGUGGAACACAAUUUCCUCGGCUGCCGGACAACCUUCCUCGCACUAUUGAAGACAGCAUCGAGGCUACAAACAAGCUUGGUUGUCGGUACCUCUGGGUUGACAGAUAUUGUAUCGAUCAGAACAAUAGUGUAGCCCAGCAACACCAGAUCAAUCAGAUGGGGGAUAUCUACUCUGGGGCACAAGUGACUCUAGUCGCAGCAGCUGGUACGGGCGCUACUUAUGGGCUCCCGGGAGUGACAAGUGACUUUGAGAACCCUUUCACGUACGCAGGCCCUAGUUCCGAUUCUAUGCUACCCUACAGGGGAUCGAUCGUCAAGUCGAUAUCGGAAUCUGUCUGGUACACUAGAGCGUGGACAUACCAAGAAGGCUACUUGUCAAGACGACGAAUGUACUUCACGGAUGUCGGUGCAGUGUGUCUGUGUGAUGAGAAUCGCCACAAAGAAUCCUUUAGCAAGAUCUCGGCUUCACUGCGCAAUACAUCCACGACGACAACUUUUGGAACCGCGGUUCAGAUGAUGCGCGAAUACACUAAACGUCAUCUCACAAACGAUCACGAUGCGCUGAACGCUGUGCUUGGCGCGCUCGAAACGCAAGACGUUGAUCAUAUCUGGGGUGUAAAUGUUGCGAAAAGUGACCACAAAGCAUACGUGUUCAUGCAUUGGAAACAUUCAUCACCAGUUCCCCGGCGCAAAGGCUUUCCUAGUUGGUCCCCCAUCGGCUGGCGUGGACAGGUGGAUUAUGAGAAGCAACUUCCUAGCCUCUCACACAACUGUUCAAUGGAAGUCUGGCAUAAUGCUACUUACGCGGCCGUUCCGCAGAACAUCGGCAGACUACGACUACAACACCAAAUGCCUGUAGAAGAGCACUCUAAGUUCCUAAGACUGACGACUCAAAUCGUGAUGCUUGAGUUCAUUCAAGUUGACAAUAGGCGCCCUGCUGGACUGUAUGUUAAAGUCCCUUAUAAUCCGACGGUCGAUCUCUUCAUUUAUCCUUUCUGGGAUGUUGACCAGAUAGCCGAACCGGACCUUCAAACUGGACGGAUUGAACUUCCCUGUGUUGUAGUUCUCCAGAACGAAGCUCGGAUGUGGCAUGGGAAGGACCCUGUAUUCAACUCUAACGGCCGGAUACUGUUUUCGCCUAUAGAGAACCAUCGAUUCGAGGAUGAAAUGCAGAUCAUUAUCCUGCAGCAACACGUAAACUAUUAUGAACGUAUCGGAUGUUUUUCUUGGGAGCCAGGCGGUAGAGGUGGGUUCGCUUGCGACAAGCAAGGCCGGGAGGUAAUUAAUCCUAUGUAUAUUUCGAAGUAUUGGGAGAAAGACGAUAGUAGAUACUGGCGGAGGAACGGUGUUCAAACUACAUUUCUCUUGGGUUAGUCGAGCGAGGAAGUGGUAAAGGAAAUUCAAUACAUG